AUGCUAAUCUCUGUUCCCUGUUUCUUUGCCUACAGGUUCACUGGCCCCAACCUUCCAUCACCCAUCAUUAGCAGCAAGAACUGGCUUCGGCUGCACUUUACCUCUGACGGCAACCACAAGUUGAGAGGUUUCAGCGCCCAGUACCAAGUUAAGAAGAUGACUGAACUUAAGUCUCGAGGUGUAAAGAUGUUGCCUAGCAAAGACAAUCACCACAAGAUAUCAGUGUUGUCUCAGAUGGGUGUAGCGCAGGGACACAACAUGUGUCCAGACCCGGGCAUCCCAGAUCGAGGAAAAAGAAAAGGCACAGACUACGGGCGAGGAUCCACGGUGCAUUUCUCCUGCGACGAGGGUUAUGAACUGCAAGGCUCAAAGAGCAUCAGCUGUCUCCGAGUCACAGACAGCUACGUGGGAUGGAGUGACGACCGGCCUAUAUGCAGAGCACCGAUGUGUGGAGGUCAGUUGAAAGGACCCAGUGGUGUCAUCACGUCUCCAAACUACCCGGUCCAAUAUGACAACAAUGCUAACUGCACUUGGCUCAUCUCUGCCACGGACAUGACCAAGGUAAAAGUCAUUAACCUUUACUCAGUGAGGUGCAGCCUUCCUGCCCAAGAAGACGCAGAGGUGGUGGGGGGGCAGAGGGUGGCAGUCCACCGACAGCAUCGGAGCAAGGUCAGUUUCAGAGUUUCGCCAGUCGAAAUAAGUGAUCUGUCCUCGGUCCCUUCACCAUUUGCCGUCUUCGAACCUACGAGGACUGGUCUACGUGCCCUCUCUGGAAGACGCCUGUCUGGAACCACGACUCCAGACCUUGUGGUUAGCACCAGUCACCAGAUGUGGCUCAACUUCAAAACGGACGACACCAGUGGCUCCCUGGGAUUCAAGGUGUCUUUUGAAGAAAUUGACCAGGGAAGUUGUGGAGAUCCUGGAUUCCCAGCGUACGGGAAGCGAGAAGGGACAGGUUUCCGCCACGGGGACAAACUGUACUUUGAGUGUCUGCCUGCGUUUGAGCUGGUGGGGAAGAAGAACAUCACCUGUCAGAAGAACAACCAGUGGUCGGCGAAGAAACCCAGCUGCGUCUUUUCCUGUUUCUUCAACUUUACCACUCCAUCCGGGGUGCUCCUGUCUCCUAACUACCCUCAGGAGUAUGGCAACAACAUGCACUGUGUGUGGCUCAUCAUCAGCAACCCUGAGAGCCGCAUCAAUCUGGCCUUCAACGACCUCAGCAUGGAGAAACAGUUCGACUUCCUCUCCAUCAAGGACGGGGGAAAGGCGGAGUCUCCUAUCCUGGGCACCUUUUCCGGUAACGUCCUACCUCCUUCAAUAACAACCAGUGCCCAUGUUGCCCGGCUAGAGUUCCUGACUGACCACACCUACACAGACAGAGGCUUCAACAUCACCUUUACAACAUUUCGCCAUAACGAGUGCCCAGACCCGGGUGUGCCGGUGAAUGGGAAGCGCUUCGGUGAGAGCCUUCAGCUGGGCAGCUCCAUCUCCUUUCUGUGUGAGGAGGGCUUCGUCAAGACUCACGGCUCGCAGACAGUCUCUUGCAUUCUCAAGGAUGGCAACGUGGUGUGGGAUAAUGCAGUUCCCCGCUGUGAAGCCCCAUGUGGAGGGGAAUUGAAGGCUCCCAGUGGGAUCAUCCUCUCCCCCGGCUGGCCAGAACUCUAUAAGGAGGCCCUUAACUGUGAAUGGAUCAUUGAGGCUCCUCCAGGCUACCCCAUCAAGAUCAUCUUCGACAAGUUCCGCACAGAGGUCAACUAUGACAUCCUCGAGGUGCGCGAUGGACGUUUUCCCUCUUCACAUCUCAUUGGCAGUUACCAGGGAACCCAGGUUCCCCAGUUCCUCAUCAGCACCUCCAAUUUCCUGUUUCUCUUCUUCUCAACUGACAAGAGCCACUCGGACAUCGGAUUCCGCAUACGUUACGAAACCCUGCAGCUCCAGUCUGAUCACUGCGUGGACCCGGGUAUACCUGUCAACGGACAGCGACACGGCAAUGACUUCUAUGUGGGAGCCUUGGUGACAUUUACCUGUGACGCAGGGUACACACUUAGCGACACAGAGCCUUUAGAAUGUGAACCCAAUUUUCAGUGGAGCCGCCCCCUGCCUACCUGCGAUGCAUUGUGUGGAGGUUAUAUCCAGGGCAACUUUGGCACCAUCCUGUCCCCUGGCUUCCCAGACUUUUACCCACACAACCUGAACUGCACGUGGAUAAUCGAGACCUCCCAUGGCAAAGGCGUCCAAUUCACCUUCCACACGUUCCACCUGGAGAGCCCUCAUGACUUCCUGUUGGUGACGGAGAACGGCAGCUUCUCCCAGCCCCUGUGGAGGCUGAUGGGCUCCACGCUGCCCCCCCCUCUCAGCGCAGGCCUGUUUGGAAACUACACGGCUCAGAUCCGCUUCCUCUCCGACUUCUCUGUUUCCUAUGAAGGAUUCAACAUCACUUUCUCUGAGUAUGAUUUGGAGCCAUGCGAGGAUCCCGGCAUCCCGCCCUACAGUACCAGGAAGGGUCUGCAGUACGGAGUGGGCGACGCCCUCAUCUUCUCCUGUUUCCCGGGUUACCGACUGGAGGGUCCGGCGAGGGUGAUCUGCUUAGGGGGCAGGAGGCGGGUGUGGAGCUCACCUCUGCCAAGGUGUGUGGACGAGGACGUGGUGUCUAUGGCGGACUCCACCAUCACCGUGGACGACAUCGAGGGGGAGCUGUUUAAGAUUGACAGGAUCAGAGAUGUGCUGGUCAGGAGGGAGUCAGAGCUCAGAUACAUGAUGGAUGACAUUCAGCUGUGCAAGGAGAUCACUCGUCUGAAGAAGGAUCUGCAGAAAUUAGUGUCCAUACCAGAUAAUGACAAGUCCAACGAGGACCGGCAGAAGGAGGAGGAACUCCUGCAGCAGAUCCACAAGCUGGUUGAGACCAGAGACUUCCUGGUGGACGAUGUGGAGUUUGAAAGACUCAGGUGUUCCACCCAGACGAGCGCCGUCCAGAGCUCAGCAGACCUCUUCUCCCUUCGCCAAGACGGGCCUCACCCUGCUGAAGGAGUGCUGCGGCUUCACAUGCUCCAUCAUGACCGGCGACCCCAGGGCGGCCUGAUGGAAGAAGACGGCCCCCGGACGGUUGGGAUACAGGACAACGGACAACCUCCAGGGCGUCUGAUGAGAAGACGGCCCCCAGGAAGCGGUUUGAUACCAGGACAAGGCCGAGGCCUAGGACAGCCAGCUGUGAGGCCGGAGGACUGGCCGGAGGCUCCGACAGGCCAAAGAAGCGGGGAGCUUGGGCCGGGGGACCUCAAGCGGGCGACACCGGGAAGCGGGGUGGAACCUGAGACGGGAACGGGGGCCCGGCAGCGGGCUCUGGCGAGGCACAUCUCCUCAUCCAGCCGUCUCCCCCCUGCUCCCGUUGGGAUACUGACCGAGGUACAACACAGUUGGGAUGAAACCCCAUCGGAUGACGAACUGGCCGCACUGGAACAGCUGCUGCAGCCGCUGUUUGGACUCUUUGCUCAGUUUAGCCAUGUGUUUAUCCUGAACAGCGAGGAUGCUGCAACCACCAAGGACAAGGAAGCGGAACGGCCGACUUCAGAGGCGGUGUGGUUGCUGGCGGGGGUGGCGUUGCAGACGGCCACCUGCUCGAAGGAGCGGGAGAAAACGGCGCUGGCAGUGCGGGUCAGGUUGGUGAGAGCUCCUGCCUUGGGCACCGAUUGGCUGGAAGUGAGCGUCAGUCGCUUGAAGGACAGCUCUGCAUUCUCGCUGUUGGCCCGGCACGUUGUCAGAGAGCCCGCCUCCUUGUCCUUGCUGUUACGCCCACCCAGCCGACACUUCUUCAUGGCCUUGGCUCCCAGAUUCAACGUGGUGACACUGUUGCUAAUAGUGAUGGUGGGGGGGGUCAUGUCCGGCCCCAUCCCGCCUGGCCACACCCCUUCAUCCACCUCAGAAAUAUCCAUCAGCUCAUCCGGGGAACCCAGAUCCACUGCGUCUUUCCAAGCUACCACUCAGAAGGAAGUUAUCUGUGUCCAAGUGCAACCCAGGAGGAUUGUGUUGAGGCGUGCCAACGUGUGCAAUAUGAGUACAAUCUGCUGCUGCAGGCAGAGACUUCUGCCUCCUGACCUCCUGACCCCGCAGAUCAAGGCUGACCUCAGAGGCUCCGCCCACCGGGUCGCAGUCGGGCGGGGCACGGCCGUCAAGGCGCGGUCGCAUGGAUUCUCCGUUGGGCAAUCGCUCGCCGCUCGUACCUGUUACACUGAUAUCGGGGAUGGCUACGCCCCCCACUGCAGCAUCACUUUCUACACUCGCCUCCUGGGACUCUGGUGGGAGGAGUAUGGGGGGGUAGCACGACAACACCGGUGUCCCCUGAUAGAGAGGGAGGUGACAGCAUUUCGGGAGAUCCUGGAGGAGGAGGGCGUGAUCUCCACCUGGAUACUGCCGGAGUGUGGGGGCGCCAACAAGAACGAGCUUUCUGGUCGUAUCCUGUCUCCGGGCUACCCAGCGCCCUAUGAGCACAACCUGCACUGCAUCUGGACGAUCGAGGCCCCCUCUGGAAGCACAAUUAGUCUGCACUUCCUGGUUUACCACACGGAGGAGGUCCACGACGUGCUUCGGAUCUGGGACGGGCCCCAGGAGGGAGGGGUCCUCCUGAGGGAGCUGAGCGGCUCCUCGCUGCCCCCGGACAGCCACAGCACCUUCAACACCGUCAGCCUGCAGUUCACUACAGACUUCUUCACAAGCAAGCAGGGCUUUGCUAUGCAGUUCUCUGUCUCCACUGCAACCUCCUGCAAUGAUCCGGGCCUGCCCACCAAUGGGACGCGCGGCGGAGACAGCAGGGAGCCCGGGGACCAUGUGGUGUUCCAGUGUGAUCCUGGCUACGUCCUGCAGGGGGCCAACAGGAUCACCUGCACAGAGAUCAAUGGACGCUUCUUCUGGCAGCCUGACCCUCCCACCUGCACAGCUCCAUGCGGUGGGAACCUGACGGGUCCUGCUGGUCUGAUUCUGUCUCCGGACUAUCCCGAGCCUUACCCCCAUGGGAGGGAGUGUGACUGGACAGUUUCCGUCACACAGGACUAUGUCAUCGCUCUUAGCUUCAACCAGUUCAGCUUGGAGCCUAGUUAUGACUUCCUACAUAUCUACGAUGGGCCGGACUCCCUGGGCCCCCUGCUGGGUAGUUUCUAUGGUACAGACGUUCCCGAUCGCAUCGAGAGCAGCUCCAACACGCUCUUCCUGGCUUUCCGCAGCGAUGCUUCCCUCAGCAGCAAUGGAUUUGUGCUGCAGUACAAAGAGAACCCCAGGGAGUCGUGCUUCGAGCCGGGCGUGGUGCGCAAUGGGACUCGGGUGGGCGCCGACCUCAAGCUGGGCUCCACCGUCACCUACCACUGCGACAGUGGCUACACACUAGAGGGAGACCAAACCCUCACUUGCAUCAUGGGGGGAGACGGCAAGCCGAGCUGGAACAAACCCAAACCCAUCUGCAUCGCUCCGUGUGGUGGACAGUACUCGGGUUUGGAGGGAGUUGUCUUGUCUCCUGGUUUCCCUGGCAACUACAGCCGUUCAAGAACAUGUCUGUACACUGUGGGGGUGCCAAAGGAUUACGUGGUCUUCAGUCAAUUCGCCUACUUCCAGACUGCUCUGAAUGACAUUGUGGAGGUUUAUGAUGGGGCGACACAGAACUCCCGUGUUCUCAGCUCCCUCUCUGGAGCACACACAGGCGAGUCAUUGUCAUUAGCAACUUCCAACCAAAUUCUAAUCCGCUUCACCUCCAAAGGCCAAUCGAGCUCCAGAGGAUUCCACUUGGUCUACCAGGCUGUGCCACAGACCAGCGCCACCCAGUGCAGCUCCGUCCCUGAGCCCAGGAAUGGCCGCCGUAUGGGAAACAACUUUGCCGUUGGCGCUGCGGUCCGCUUUGAAUGCACUCCGGGUUAUACGCUGGAGGGGCCGAGUGCCAUCGAAUGCUUGACGGUUCCCAACGCCCUGGCACAAUGGAACACCACCAUACCCAGCUGUAUAGUUCCAUGUGGAGGUAAUCUGACCCAAAGAACCGGCACCAUCUUAUCUCCUGGCUUUCCUGAGCCUUACCUCAACAGCCUCAACUGUGUCUGGAAGAUCACGGUCCCCGAAGGAUCAGGAAUCCAGAUCCAGGUGAUCAGCUUUGUCACAGAGCAGAACUGGGACUCGCUGGAGGUGUUUGACGGAGGAGACAACAGCGACACCAUGCUUGGCAGCUUCUCAGGCACCACGGUACCUGCGCUCCUCAACAGCACCUCCAACCAACUCUACCUCCACUUUUUCUCUGAUAUCAGUGUGUCUGCAGCUGGGUUUAGGCUGGAAUACAAAACGGUGUCUCUGACCAGCUGCCCAGAGCCUUUGGUUCCUAUGAAUGGCAUCAAGGUUGGGGAGCGUCUCCAGAUGAACAAUGUGGUCUCUUUCCAGUGUGAACCUGGGUAUACUCUACAGUACCUCUUUGCCUUAACUCAAUGUGGAGGAAUCAGGGAGGAGAAUGAGGGUAUGAUUCUCAGCCCUGGUUUCCCUGGCAACUAUCCUAGCAACGGUGACUGUACCUGGAGAAUAUACCUGCCAGUUGGAUACGGAGCAAACCUUCAGUUCCUCAACUUCUCCACUGAGGCCAACCAUGAUUUCCUCGAGAUACGCAAUGGGCCCCUUGAUACGAGCGCAGUGAUUGGCCGAUUCAGCGGCCAGGAUAUUCCCUCCUCAUUACUCACCACCUCCCACGAGACCACAAUAUAUUUCCACAGCGACCAUUCACAGAACAAACCGGGGUUCAGAUUUGAGUACCAGGCCUAUGAGCUUCAGGAGUGCCUGGAUCCAGAGCCUUUCCGGUACGGAGUGGUGGUGGGGGCUGGCUUCAACGUGGGCCAGUCCAUUUCCUUUGAGUGUCUGCCCGGUUAUCUGCUAAUGGGACAUUCCAUCCUCACCUGUGAGCAUGGCACCACACGAAAUUGGGAUCACCCUUUCCCUCGAUGUGAAGUGCCUUGUGGUUGGAACAUCACAUCAGACAAUGGGACCAUCUUCUCCCCGGGUUACCCAGAGGAGUACCCCAACUCAGUAGACUGCUCCUGGCUGAUCACCGUGGCUCCUGGCUUCGGCAUCAAAGUCAGCUUCACCCUGCUUCAGGUUCACGGGCCGCACGACUUCAUCACUGUCUGGGAUGGUCCACUGGAGACAGCCAGGAAACUGGGAGUGUUCACUGAUGGCGAGCCCAACGAGCCGCCCAGCAGCACAUCCAAUCAGCUGCUCAUUCGUUUCCGUAGUAACACGGAGAAGGGUGGACUAUUCCAAAUCAGCUAUCAAGCGUACAGACUGCAGUUCUGCCUGCCUCCUCCCAUCAUCCCUAAUGCAGAGAUCCUAAUGGCAAGCAAAGAGUUUAAAAUAGGGGAUAUAGUGCGCUACAGAUGUCUUCCAGGCUACCAUUUAAGUGGAAACAGCAUCCAGACCUGCCGGCUGGGGACAUACUUGGAGUUUGAGGGGCCUCCACCCUCAUGUGAUGUGACAUGUCCCAUGAAUGAGAUCCUGACAGCUUCAACAGAUGUCAUCAUGAGCCUGUCACCAGGCAACGGCUUCCCACAUUUCGAGUCCUGCUCCUGGGUGGUCAAAGUGGAGCCCGGCUACAACAUCACCUUCACUAUUGAACAAUUCCAGACCAGCCGUCAGUUUGAUGAGCUCGAGAUCUUUGAUGGCCCAUCCAGACAGAGCCCUCUCCUGAUUACCCUCAGUGGUAACUAUUCCAGCCCUCUGAGCAUCACCAGCUCAAGUAACAGGGUCUACCUGCACUGGUCCUUCGAUCACACCACCAGCCACAAAGGCUUCCGCAUACGCUACUCAGCUGCCUACUGCAGCCCUCCGAACAACCCUGUAAACGGCACAGUGCACAGUCUGACGGGCACCAAGCUGGGCAGCACCCUGCGUUUCAACUGUGACCAGGGCUUCCGGCUUAUUGGACAGAGCAGUGCCACAUGCACCCGCACAGCACAGGGGAUCCACCAGUGGAACGCACCAGUGCCACUUUGCCAAGUGAUGUCCUGUGGAAUGCCAGUACCUCCGAUAAACGGCAGUAUUGUGGGCCAGGACUUCUCUCUAGGAGCUACGGCCACGUACCAGUGUAAUCCCGGAUUUCGCCUGGCUGGGCCUGUCACCACCUCAGUGUCAUGUCAGGAGUCUGGGAGGUGGAGCCCCAUUGAGACCCCGCCCAGAUGUAUUCCGGUGACCUGCCCCGACAUCGGCCACUCUGCUGUUGAACAUGGGAGAUGGAGGCUAAUCUAUGGCACUCAAAACCAAUAUGACACUAUAAUGAUGAUCAUAUGUGACCCGGGGUAUUACUACAGGGGUCAAAUGGUCAUUCGAUGCCAGGCCAACAGCACCUGGAACUACCCUGAUCCACGUCCAGUCUGCGAGAUCAUCUCCUGCGGGGACCUUGGGACUCCACCAAAUGGCAACAAGAUUGGAACACUGACUGUGUAUGGAGCCACCGCCAUCUUCUCCUGCAACACAGGGUAUACCUUGGUGGGCUCUCGGGUACGAGAGUGUAUGUCCAAUGGGCUUUGGAGUGGAUCACAGGUCCAGUGUCUAGCUGGUCAUUGUGGCAACCCAGAGCCCAUAGUGAACGGACAGAUCAUUGGGGAGAAUUAUAACUUUCGAGGCAGCGUUGUGUACCAGUGUAAUCCAGGAUUUCGUCUCAUUGGUGUGUCGGUGCGAAUCUGUGAACAAGCUCACGAAUGGUCUGGAAACACUCCUGUCUGUGUCCCCAUCACAUGUGGUCACCCUGGCAACCCUACUUUCGGAUCGACCCAAGGAGCCCAGUUCAACUUGAAUGACGCUGUGCGCUUUGUCUGCAACACCGGAUACGUUCUGCAAGGGGCUGUCAAAUCUAGCUGCCAGUCCAAUGGGCAGUGGAGCAACGCCCUCCCCAGGUGUAAAAUUGUGAACUGCACAGAGCCGGGUCACGUGGAGAACAGCAUCAGGCAGAUACUGGCGAGCGGGCCGCACCGCUACAGCUUCCAGACCGCUGUGUCGUACCGCUGUAACCCCGGAUACUACCUGCUGGGCACCAGCUCCCUGUCCUGUCAGGGGGACGGGACCUGGGACCGCUCCCUGCCAAAAUGCCUAUUGGUGCUGUGUGACCGCCCCAGCAUGCCUCCCUACACCCAGAUCUCAGGCGACCGUCGGACAGUGGGCUCAGUCAUUCGCUACACCUGCAUCGGCCAGCGGAGCGUCGUCGGCAACACAACGCGGAUGUGCCAGCUGGACGGCCAAUGGAGCGGCUCUCCGCCACACUGCUCCGGCGAUUCUGCGGGGCUGUGCGGAGAUCCGGGCACUCCCGUGCACGGUAUCCGUCUGGGGGAAGACUUCACGGUGGGCAGUGCUGUCCGCUUCAGCUGUGAGCCCGGCUAUCUGCUGAAAGGCUCACCAGAGAGGACUUGCCUGACCAAUGGGACCUGGCUCGGCACCCAACCUGAGUGUCAUGUGAUGUCCUGUGGAAACCCGGGAACUCCAAGGAAUGCUCAGAUCCUGAUCCACGAUGGCCUAACCUUUUCCAGAUCCAUUACCUACUCCUGCAGGGAGGGCUACUACUCCACCGGCCUGCUCAGCAGACACUGCACCGUUAACGCGACCUGGACCGGCAACACGCCCGAGUGCUCCGUAAUACACUGUGGUGACCCUGGAGUGCCAGCCAACGGGGUGAGGUCGGGCAAUGCUUUUACAUACAACAACACAGUGAGCUACCAGUGUACUCCUGGCUUCACCAUGGACGCUGACAGGGCCUCGACUCUGAAGUGCACCAAGGACCGCACCUGGAAUGGCACCAAACCUCUCUGUAAAGCAAUCGUAUGUGGUCCAGCACCGAUCAUCCCUAACGGACAGGUUGUCGGUACAGACUUCAUCUGGGGCUCUAGCAUCAGCUACUCCUGCAACCAAGGUUACCAGCUGUCCCUGCCCACUGUGUUAACCUGCCAGGGCAACGGCAACUGGAGUGGAGAGAAACCCCAAUGCUUCCCUGUGUUCUGUGGCGACCCGGGGAUGCCAGCCCAGGGGAGGAGGGAGGACCGAGGAUUCACCUACCUCUCCUCUGUCUCCUUCUCCUGCUACCCUCCCCUCGUCCUUGUGGGCUCCACCAGAAGAUAUUGUCAGUAUGACGGCACCUGGAGUGGCACACAACCCUCUUGCAUAGAUCCCACUCACACUACCUGUGGAGACCCCGGCUCGCCUCUCUUUGGAAAUCAGAACAACUCUCAAGGCUACCAGAUCGGCAGCAUUCUGUUCUUCAGCUGCAGAAAGGGCUACUUACUGCAGGGCUCCAUCUCUCGCACUUGUCUGCCCAUCCUCACUUGGAGUGGUUAUCAACCUGAGUGCAUUGCCCACCACUGCAGCCAGCCGGAGAUGUCGAGCCAGUCUGAUGUGAGAGCCAUCGAGCUGCCGUCCCUUGGCUACACGCUGAUCUAUACAUGUCAGCCGGGUUUCUACUUGGCCGGAGGAUCAGAGCAUAGGACCUGCAGGUCCGAUGGGAGCUGGACAGGGAAACAGCCUCUCUGUGAAGCUGAUAAUCGCUCAAGUGGUAACAGCCCAGUGACAGUGCAGGACCCACCCUCAAAGCUACCAGUCCCUGUUGACGUUUUCGCUAAGAACUCUCUCUGGAGGGGCUCCUAUGAGUACCUGGGGAAGAAGCAGCCAGCUAUGCUCAGCAUCACUGCCUUUGAGCCCUUCAGCAACCGGGUUAACGGGACGCUCAUCGACCACAGCGGAGUGGAGCUCAAACUGUCUGGUACGUUUAAGAAGGAGGAGGCUCAGCUGCUGCUGCAGGUCCACCAGAUCAGAGGCCCUGUGGAAAUCUUUGUCAACAAGUUUAAAAUUGACAACUGGGCCCUCGACGGACAUGUGUCCUACAUCUCUUCAUCCCACUCCUAUGUGUACCAGGGAUUUGUCAGAGGAAAAGGCUUUGGCCAAUUUGGUCUCCAGAGACUCGAGAGUUUAGAUCCCAGCGGAGACAACACAGGAUACAACUUUGCGUCCAACAGCAGCUCAGUGGCGGCAGCCAUCCUAGUGCCUUUUAUAGCCAUGAUCAUUGCAGGCUUCGCUCUGUACCUCUACAAACACAGAAGAAGACCCAAAGUCCCCUUCAAUGGUUACGUGGGCCAUGAGAACACUAAUGGGCGAGCUACGUUCGAGAACCCGAUGUACGACCGCAACAUCCAGCCCACGGACAUCCUGGCCAGCGAGACAGAGUUCACCGUCAGCACAGUGUGCACAGCUGUAUAGCCACCGCUUCCUCCAGAGUUCGGGGAGGAAAAGUGCAGCACAUCUUCGCCUGCCUGCCAGAAGAGGACAUCCAUAGUUCCUCGAGCAGAGGGAAAGACAAAGAAUAUUUUUAUCUGCUGAAAUACAUUCAAGAAACAUCUCCAGUGGCAAAGGCUCUUACGACGAGAGAACAAAGAAACCAUGUGAAGACAACGACUGUAACAAUUGCCAACGACAAAAUGCUUUUUGUAACUUUACAUGGUUUCUUGAUCAAUUUCCAUUUUUCGAGGAAAAAGCUUCAACGUGAAGCUUCAGCCGGCCGGAGAAACGCUGGAAGCAAAGCUGUGAUGACUUUUCUCACCGCGCUCCGCCUAAGCCCAAAGGGGAUUUUAUGGUCAACUUGAAGUCUAGAAAAUUGACCUGUAGCUAACAGAGAACUCUGUGCAAGUGAACUGUUAGGCGGACCGCACCGUGUCGGCCUGUGUGAGACGGAGAGAGACAGUCUGGACUGUUUCAGUUCUGUUUUCCAUUUGCUUUGCUUUCCUCUCUUUUUAUGCUGCUUGCUUUCUGUGAUGAGUAAUUGGGAGCCCUGAUUUACCCCAGCUGUCUGCUAGAGGCGGUUGAAAUGUUUCAUCCUCAAGUCUAUGGCUGAGAAUGAAGAAUUCAGUAAGUUUUGAAGGCCAUGUUGGACAAACACAUGCCAUCGCUACUUUUUGAGCUAGACUCUGCUCAUUUUUUUUCAAGCAGUGAUGACAUUCUGCUUGCAGAGGCAGCUGUGUCCAGAGCAGGGGUUAAGAGGUAGCAAAGGCUGCUGAAAAAGCACUUGUGAGCUUGUGGAGAGUCGCUGUGCAUAUGUGUGCUCGUUUCUACACACAUUCCUAGUGGCUGCAUCUUCAAUCUCCCCAAAAAAAUAUGUCUGUUCUGGCCCCAAAGAUUCCCGUUAACACGACAGAUAAUUGUACUAAUAAUUUUCCACAUUUAUUGUCUUUUCUUUUUGAAAGAAUCUGAGGAUUGGGUUUAGGAUUAUCAAUAUACCUGGAUGUUUUGGACAACUAAAAAACAUAAGGAUACUAAGAGCAAAAGCUGACAGUGUAUAGAUCCUCUAAGAAACUGAAGGCAGUGUCACUCUCCAAACUUUCACCCACUUUCUCUUCAUUCAUGUGCAGUCACUUUAAAUGUGUGUGUUUGAGUGACUGGGAACAAGACAUGGAUAAAGACAAAUCCUCCUCGCUAACUAAUGCACCUAAAUCAGACGUUAAGAGGCAAAACUCCCACAUUUUAUUUACAUAACAAUUGUAUGCCAAUUUCGUGCCACUGUCACUUCCUGUUAAGUAAACAUGGCAACUGCAAUUAGGUUAAUUAAUAUGGAUGUAUAAACGUUUAUGGACAACCGCUGUGAUCUUUCCCUUUCAUUUUCAAAAACAUUAGAACAAGUCUGUUGCACCAAGUUACAGAGCAACACAUGGAACUUCAUUUUUUUGUAAAUGCUCAAAGUGUGAUGUCAAAUUCUCCUCUUUUUGCCUUCCUUUUUAAUCCCAUGUUUCUGCAGCUUGAAGGUGGUACGUUCUGUAUUUUCUAGAGAUCGGUUUGCAGUGUGAGCUCCCUAAACCUGUCCUUAGGAAAACAAAGAUCAAAGUACGGCCACGUUUGAACUCCCUGAAAGUGUACAAGCGAAGGCGCUUGGGUCUGAAGAAUGGAUGAGUCAGUGAUGUGUUCCCUCUGGAUAACAUUCAGGUCUUUUCCUCCAAGUUAACUUCUGACAGCUCCAUCUCGGUGAAAAACAGUCAAGUUGCCCUGUUCUGUCUCGGCUCAUCAUGGAAAUGUUCCAGAAGGCUUCCUCGGAGCUGUGAGAGCAGGGGAGUUGCUGGCAUACUAAUUACUCCCAUGCAUUAAAUUGGUUUAUGUGAAAGGAAAAACAAGUGUUUAUGCCUCUUAUGCUAACACUCCUCAAAUCUGUGACAACUGGGGAGUGAUAUACACUAAGUAUUGUUUUGAAAGUGCGACACACGAGGGAACUGGCUUCAGCUCUAACAACAGGACUGUACCUCCUGAAUUAAUGAAAUUCUAAGAAACAUUCAUGCUUUUGUGACCCCUUAUAAUGUGUCUAAAAUGUGCAUUAGCGGUGGAGUUAAAGGAAAGACACCCACUGGAUUUCAAACACUCUGCUCCCAGCUAUUUGCCACUUACUAUCCCCAUUUCUGUGUAUCCUGAGCGGGAUGAAUGGUGCUCAAAUUUCUCUGCAGCAAAUUGACCCAUUACAUGCAAUUUGCUUUCAUUAGCCUUGCUUCAUUGUCGAACCCAUAUCAAAUCCUAAAAUUCACCUUACCAUUACUGCUAACAGGACAGUGGAUGUUUGAAAAUGAUAAAAUCAACAUGUCUUUGAUUUGCCAUGUACUUUGUAUCUAAUUAGUGUUAGAAACAAGGAGAACUAUUUCAUUGUGCAUGGAUUUUUUGGGGUAAAUUUGCGUAUACAUUAUAAUACAUGUACAUGCGAAGUGGCUUACGCAGUCAAAACAAAACCUCUAUACCAAUCGAGUCUUUAAAGCCAGCUACAGUUAAUCAUUUCCCUCAGAAAUCCAGGCUUUUGAAACCAAUCACUAUUGCUUCUUCAAUUAGUUUCACCGUGAGUCGGUAAUUGCUUUUACAAUUUUAUUACUUUUAAAGCUCUCGCUUAUCUCGACAGUACAGGUAGAAUAUUGCCCCUUGCCUGCUCUGGUCGUGAAUUGAGGGAAAAGGAAACGAUUGAAUUACCCUGGAGAUUUCACGGGAAGAGGGGCCGUUGUGCUCACAUUAUCUUGAAGACACUGUAACUCAGUUCUCAUCAUUGUAUGCAGCUGCUGCAUUGUGCAUUUCAUUUGUUUUUAUUCUGAAGCUGCUCCAAAUAUUUCAGCUGAGUCGAUAGCUUCAUUACAUUUCCGUUACUUUCAGCUAAGGCCACUCUGAAGUGGUGUUUCCGCUCCAUUCAUCCCUCCCAGGGCAACGCUUAGCGCACUUCAACCAACACUUUAUUAAGCUCCGUUGAGUAUUAAAUAAACAAAUCUGAUUAGCUGGUGCAAUAGGACAUGAAGCCCGCCGCUCCCUGGAUGGAACUUGUCUAAUUGGCUAGAUUUGGACUGCAUAUUUGGACAGACAUAAUACAGAAGCAUAAGCUCACAGGACUAUGAUUGUUGUUAACCAGAAAGGGCUGAGUCAUGAGAAAUUCAGAAAUGGUUUGAAAAGGCCAGAGCACUUUACAUUUAUUACAGUGCCUUGGUACGACCACAUGAUAACAUGAUAGGAUCUUUAUGUCAGAUAUUGAAAUUAAAACUGCUCAUUGUUAAGUCCUUGUUUCAUAUCAACCUAUGUAACUCCCACACACAGUCACAUACCUACAAAGAAAGCUGGGUGAGCUUAUUAGGAUCAUUCCAGAGAAACUGAACAAUCCAUUUUUGCCUCUUUUGCUUUUCCUAAAAGAGCAAUGAGCUCAUUAGUGCUCUGUUUCAGUGCGUAAUGAUUCAUGUCUUGGAUGCUCCAUGCUUGCCUAAAUGUUUGGAAGAGCGCUUUUGUUUUGUGCGUUUUUGAGAGUUACCUUUUCUACCAAAGAAUAUUAUUCAAAUCUAGCCGAAUUAGAAUUAGGCUGAUUUACUAAAUGAAGAUAAAUUAUUCCAUUCAGCUUCAUUUGGUUUCACUCUUUAGAAAAGUUUUUAAUGGGCAACAAGGCUUUUUCAAAAGUGUAUUCUGCAGAAUUGGGAGUUUUCACUUAAUGGGCCCUACAUUUUUAGAAAGACUUUCUUUCUAACCCAUCGGAGUUAGUCCAGAAAGUUCUCAAAGAAAGUGCGAUGCCGUUUUAUGAAAAUGAAGAUCAGUGAGCUCCGGAUGGAGCUGUGCUAUAAGAGUCUGAAGAAACUCUUUCUUGAUACCGGCCGGCUACUUCCUGGUUCUCUCUUUGCAUAUUUUAAGACAGAAUCUCUGAUCAUCCAAGGUUCAUAUUCCGUUAUCAGCCAGAGACAGCUCUGAGUUCUCUCCUGCUCACCAUCUCCUCUAUAAUGAAAGAAAAAGCAGCGAUGGUCUUUCAGUUCCCCUCGAGUUCACUGAGUAUUCUCACAGACUGAAAGCUUCCCACUUCUUUCUGCAGCUAGUGCUCAAACUCUUCAGCACAGGCCACAGUGUACCAGUAUAAAAAAGUGUGUUUAAAAAUCAAGCAAUCCAUCUGUCAUGCAGUGACAGUGAUUCUGCAUCAGCCAUCAUUUGUCAUCUCCCAUCUUCCAUUGUCACCGCAGUGUGGUGACGGCUACAGAAAAGCCACAUCCACCUGCUGCUUAGCUCCCAUUCCAUUUCAGUGUCUAGAGGAAGUGAGCAUUGGGGAGAGGAUAAAGAGAUUUGUUUUGAAAAGUUUGGGAACUUAGCUGAUUUGUAUUCUUUAAAUGGAUAGAGCAGUCGACUUGUGGUUGGUGGUCAGAUCUGGGACUUACUGGAAAACUACUGAAUGUAUAUUUAAUUUCUCUUCAGAAUUGAUCUCUCUCUACUGUUUUCAAUAUCUGCAAAUCCCACAGCAUCUUCUCUCCUUGCAAGAAAAUCUGCUUUUUCACAGUGUUUCAUCCUUGGAAAUAAAACAGAGUGUCCAAUUUAUCUAGGGUAUAAUAUAGCAAACAUAUUUACAGAAAGCUGCUUUUUAUUAUUGGAGACUUUAAAUUCCUGUAUUUUUCUCACAGUAAAAAUUCAAAACAAGGUCCAUGUUUAUUUCCUCUUUUCCCUAACACUAUUCAUGCCAGCCCAGUACAUCUCUCAACUAGUCUCUGAGAUUAAAACUAACUAACCACCCUUGUCGCCUAGGUGAGAUCAACAAGGCUCUUGAACGCCAACAAAACAGUAAAAGGCAGAGACUCCAUGUCUAUGUCUUGCGGUACACCAAAAGGGUUACCUGUAAAGAAAUGGACUUAAGCAGACUGAGUGUAACUACGGAGA